UACAUGAAAAACGGGUAUCAUAUAUUUCCUAAAAGAAAUUGGCAUUUAAAUAUCAAUUUCUUUGUACAAUAUACUACCAGAAUAAUUCUGUGAUCGUUAAUUUCUGCUAAACACUGUUAGAAGUGGCAAUUGUCAUUGUGAUAUUGGCGUUAUCAGUUAUAUGAGAUAACAGGGGUCAAGCAACAAUAAUGAACGUAUUUUGCUGCUAGAUAAUCCAGCCAGUCGUUGAAAAGGUAACGGAGCAUAAUCAUUAAACAGCUACAUGUGAAUCAAAAAAUAUAAUUCGUUUUGUCUAAAUUGCUUUAUUAAAUUGUUGUAUAGAGGAGAAUGAGUAUGUUAAAAGAAAGUUUAGCUGCUGCAAAAAAACAUGAUGUGUUUUUGGCGUCUCCACCAAAGAAUUUAAAAAAGGAAUUUGAUGCUUUGUUUACGUUGGAAGCUAUCGAGUUUUUGGUAGAUCUGAUAACAGAAUUUGAUGACAAAGUUGAUCAACUUUACUACACGAGAUUUAUAAAAAAAUAUGAAUUGAAACGGAACCCGAAAAUACCAACAUUCUUAGAAACUGACAUUACAAACAGUGAUUGGAAAGUAGCUCCAGUGGGUAGACGACUGCAAAACCGGCAUUUAGACCUUGGCGAUGUCAGUCCAUCAAAUUUGGAUCAUUUUACUAAAGCACUCGGCUGCAAUGUGGAGGGCAUACAAGUAGAUUUUGAUGAUGGCCAUUGUCCAACAUGGAGAAAUCAAAUAGUAGGCUUGUACAACGUGUAUAAGGCGGUUCGAAAUGAACUGUCCAAUGUUCUUCCAAUUUGGAAAGCGCCGAUUCUUAUGCUGCGGCCAAGAGCGUGGAACAUGCUAGAGCACAACGUCACUGUGAAUGGGAAAGAGGUCCCUGGACCUCUUCUAGAUUUUGUUUUACUCACAUUUCACAACGCAAACAUAUUGCGAUACUGUGAAAGCGGUCCAUAUUUUUAUUUAUCAAAACUGGAGGGUGCUAGUGAAGCGAAACUCUGGGACGAUAUUUUCACAUGGACAGAGUCGAGGCUUGACAUGCCUCACGGGACAAUAAAAGCUUGCGUUCUGAUUGAGAAUAUUUUGAGCGCAUUUGAAAUGGAUCAAAUAUUGUUCAACUUGAAAGAUCACUCAUUGGGACUAAAUUGCGGAAUAUGGGAUUACGCGGCAUCGAUAAUAAACAAAUUUGGCAACAACAAGUCUUUCAUCUUGCCUGAUAGAAACAAAUACGUUAACAUGAAUCGUCACUUUCUCAAGUGUUACAUGGAGCUUGUGGUCAAAACUUGUCACAGACGAGGUGCGCAUGCAACUGGCGGUAUGGCGGCUUUGUUAUUGCCAACAGAAGAUGAUCCAGAUGAGUUUCACAGAGUCGUGGAAACAGUAGUAAAUGGAAAACUUGCAGAAAUUCAAAUGGGCGUGGAUGGUUUCAUGGUGUUUGAUUCCGGGCUUGUCCCCUACAUAAAUAAUUUAUGGAAAAAUUACGGAGGGCCAAGUUAUAAUCAGAUAAAGUAUCCUGGUACACCAAAUGACAUUUCGGAAGCUGACUUGCUUAGACUGCCAACCGGAGGCGUAACAGUAGACGGGUUGAAGCACAACAUAUCGAUAACCAUUUUAUUCAUCUUUUAUUGGUUGCAAGGUGUGGGCCAAUUUGCAUAUAAAGGCGCUGUGGAAGACUCCGCGACAGCAGAGAUUUCAAGAUCGCAGAUUUGGCAGUGGAUAAGACACGGGGCGAAGUUUGAGGACGGAAACGGAAAAUUACUAACGAGGGGAUUAGUAGACAGUUAUGCCUGUCAAAUCAUUGACCAUUUAUUGGAAGAGUAUUGCUCUAAUUUCCAGGAAAAAAUCAAUUUACAUACAGCUCGCGAUUUGUUUACGGAAAUUGUCAACCAUAGAGAGUUUCCUGAUUUUAUUACAACCUACUUGAAUGAUGCACAUGUAUUUCGUAGACUACAUCAUUCUCGCUUGUAAUUUUAAACAACGUGUGCUUUUUUGCUUAUUUUUUUUUUUCAAGAUGACAUGCACAUUUGGGUGUUUUGUUUCAAAUGACAUUUUUCUACUUUGAUCUGAAAAUCUUAUCGUACGUAGCAGAAAAAUAAUCCCCCUGGAACGAUAGUACUAAAUUUAAUUUUAGGAGACUACUUUCAGAAUUCAAAAUUUUCCCAUUUAAGAAGGGACUUCGCCGAAAUUUUUAUUAUACAGAGUUUUCCGGUAUUGAACUGACCGAAAAAAAUGUAAUCGAGAAUUCCUUCCUACAAGAUGCAACUUGAGAUACCAUAUGUCCUGAAAAAAAAAUUUUAAUCCUCUGUAAUCAAAGUAUAGGUAUGCGAAAGCACUUAUUUGUAUACGAUUUCCUGCACACCGCUGCCAAAAAUUAUUACGCAUAAACUUUCGUCGUAAAAGAUUGAAAUUUUUUCCGGUACACAUGCUACCGUUACCAAAAUCUAGUAAGAAGCAGUUUUUGAUUAUAUUUUUUCUGGUCAUUUCAAAAGCGAGAACAUCGUUUUCGUCAAAAUUUCACCGAAAUCAUCUCCUUAAAUAACAGAGAAGAUGUUACUUUUUCUCAAUUGUAACAACUGAGCUAUAUUUAUUAAUGCAGACGUGAUUCUCAAAGCAUUUUUUAGCGAAUUCAGCCUUCAACCAAUUUGUCAUUUAAACUUUUUUGUGAAGAUAGUAGUUUAGAUAUAAAAAACGAUUGAAGGUUAACUUUUACGUGAAAUUGACUUUCGAACCAAAACUUAUUCUAACUGUUUGAGUUAUGGGUUUCGCUUUGACUUUAUCAAAUGUUUCCAGGAUUAAGUCCGUAUUAUUUAAUGAUACUGAGUACCAAAAAAUUUAGGAUUAUAGUAAUUAACCCGACCCAACAAGACGAAUCGUUGUAUUCAUUACGAGGUUCAUGUUAAAUUUUACCGAGAUUUAGUGGAAUUUCAAGCCGAAUAGCCACAGUCUCACGACACUUUUAAAUACAGCUCCACUCAUCUUAUGUCUAACCAAAUUUUUAUAUUACAUUAUAUGUAGUUAUUGGGAAUAAUCAACAUUUUUUCAUUGCGAUACGUGUAUAGCCUAUUUUAAUAAACAAAUUUGUUAAGGAAUAACCUGAAAUCUCUCUUGAUUUUGGUAUAGCAAUAUGUACACAAUCAUAAUAUUGGAAAAUGACCUCAUGACGUCAGAGCCUAGUUGUCCGCGCCAUUUUAUCACCAAAUAACCUAAGUUUUUAAUGUUAAUGGAGGCAAAUUGUAAUUCUUGGAGAUUCAAAUUACUCAUGCCACAUAAAUCAAUUAAACAUAAUCAAUAUACCUACCUACUCUACUGUCUACGCCCGAAAAAGACUGUCAACGGUCAGCUGUCGGCCUGGUUGCAUUAGUUUUAUUUUUUCCAGCACAUGACACAUUGCAAAGUCACAAUCCCAAUAGCAUUUCUUUGAGAUAUGUCUCCUGAACUAAUGCACGCAUAUCAAGAGCUAAUGGAUACUCAAAUGAAACUAUCAUUAUCCGAAUGAAUCUUUCAGGAGUCGCAAAGAUUAUAAUGAUCCGAAGACGUAAUGCGUCUCCGUAUACGGUAAUUUCAUAUAGGCAGACUGCAAACUUGCCGAAAAUAACCUCAAAGUCCGCCUAAAAGUAAAAUAAAUAAAUAACAAAUCUGUACGCUAUUUACUCGGCCCUAGCUGGACAAACCGCACUUUCUGACAAUAGCAUGCGAUCAUUUUACAACAAAGUCCAAAUCGCUUCGAAGUUGCAAGACAAAAUUGUCCCGAUUCUCCAAUG